UCGAAAAAUGGUCACUUCAGUCUCACAAGUCACGUUGAGAGCAUCACUGAGUUUACUUGAACUUUUUUGAAAACUAUCUCCACGAAAUGGCAGACAAAGUAGAAUCCCCAGCCGCACCUGCAGUGGCGACUCCGAAGAAAGCAGCCAAGGCGCAGAAGCCCCGCGCCAAGGCCAGUCACCCGCCAGCGUCGGAGAUGGUGAACGCGGCCAUCGCCACUUUGAAGGAGAGAGGCGGCUCUUCGCUCCAAGCCAUCAAGAAGUACAUCGCCGCCACCUACAAAGUCGACGUCGAGAAGCAGGCUCCCUUCAUCAGAAAGUACCUGAAGGCUGCAGUCGCCAGCAAGGCUCUGAUCCAGACCAAGGGCAAGGGCGCUGCAGGGUCCUUCAAGUUGAACGUCGCCAAGGCCGAGGGCAAGGCCAAAGCCAAGCCCAAGACCAAGACUGCCGCCAAACCCAAAGCUGCUGCAGCACCAAAGGCCAAGAAAGCAGCUUCUCCGAAGAAGGCCGUGGCAGCCAAGACCAAGAAAGCCGUCGCCGAGAAGAAGAAGACCCCGAAGGUUGCGGCCAAGCCACCGAAGGCCAAGUCCACCACCGCCAAACCCAAGGUGACCAAGGCUGCUCCCAAGAAGGCGGCCAAAGCUUCGCCCAAGAAGGCUGCAGCGCCCAAGGCGAAGAAGCCCGCGGCAAAGAGGGUUGCCAAGAAGUAAAGUGGAAAGAAAUUGAUAGUGGAUGAUUGACAACAAACGGCCCUUUUCAGGGCCACCAAUUGCUUUUUACGAAAGAAUUUUCUUUGUCUCAAACAAAUAUUUAGAAUAGUAGUCAAGUCCGAAAUAAUUAAUAAUAAUUUAAUUCUUAUAUUUAUCAAAAUUUUAAAAAAGUACUACAAUAGGCGAUUCCACGUUACCUUUUAGUAUCCAUUCUAAUUUAG